AUGGGGUCCGAUUCAACAAUCUACCGAGUCGUCGGGAAACCUGGGGAACCGCACUUUCAACUCCAGUCCAAAUCCAUCCCCGAGCUGACGCUUCGCGUUCCUACCGACAUCGACAUUGCUACCGUGAUUGAUAUCCUUGAAAACAAAGCCAAUUCAGAGUUCGACAAAUCUAUCUCAGAUGCCACCGCCGAAGAACUUCAAUUAAUUGCCCAGCGGUGGACGAUAGUCAAUAAGCCGUUGACUCACGUGAACUUCCUACUUCGGCACAAGGAGCAACCGCUGGGUAUCGCAGGGCUAGGUUGGAUUGGCCCUGCCAAUAGCAAUGAUGCUAGUCAUCAAGCAGAAAGAGCUGGGGCAGCGGGGGUAAUGCUUCAACCUUUAUGGAGAGGGAAGGGAUAUGCCUAUGAAGCUCUGCGCGUGGUAUUUGAGUAUGGAAUCCGCGAGUUAGGUCUGGUGGAAAUUCAUGUGGGGAGUCACUCGGGAAAUCUUCCGAUGAAGAGUUUGAUGGAGAAGAAGUUUGGGCUACAGCCGGAGGUAAAGGCGGAAGAAUUAGUGGAUCAGUUUGGAAAUGAUCUCUUAUGGAUUGUGAAAAGAGAAGAGUGGCUUUCGACCAACGACUAA